ACUCUCCCCCACCCAACCAAACUCCACCAAACCCCCCCCUCGACCAUCUAACUGCGUUGUUGUGCUUUUGCUUUUAGCUUUCUCAAAAUAAAAAAACUUCAUUGUUUGCUAAGCACUUUCUGUUUCAGAAUUCCAACUUCUCUCUCUCUCUCUCUCUCUAGUUUCCAUAUGGCAAACUCACUAUAUAACGGCACCGCAUGCCGAAUCCCUGUCAGGGACCAAUGUCCCGUUGUUAAUUCGUCUUCUCGCCACGUUUUCAGAUCCAUAUCUUUUUCCUCAAACCUUUCCUAUCUUCCCCUCAAAACACUGGAGAUGGGCCUGGAAAAACACGUGGAGCAGAAUAGAAUGGUGGUGAAGGCAAUGACUGAUUUUGAUGCAAGGGGCGUUGACAUUGACAUUGAUAUUUCCUUGAGCCCACGUGUUAAUGCUUUGAAGCCUUCAAAGACUGUGGCCAUAAGCGACCAAGCCACUGCUCUCGUUCAAGCCGGUGUUCCUGUUAUUCGCUUGGCAGCUGGAGAACCUGAUUUUGAUACACCUGCUGUCAUAGCUGAGGUUGGGAUUAAUGCAAUUCGUGAAGGUUACACGAGGUACACACCCAAUGCCGGAACAUUAGAACUACGCCAAGCAAUUUGUCAUAAGCUAAAGGAGGAGAAUGGAAUUACUUAUACUCCUGAUCAGAUUGUGGUUAGUAAUGGAGCCAAGCAGAGUCUCACUCAGGCAGUGAUUGCAGUUUGCUCCCCGGGAGAUGAGGUCAUUAUUCCAGCUCCAUUCUGGGUUAGUUACCCCGAAAUGGCAAGGUUGGCUGAUGCAACACCUGUGAUUCUUCCAACAUCAAUAUCUGAUAAUUUCCUUUUGGAUCCCAAACUCCUUGAGUCCAAAAUUACUGAAAGAUCAAGAGUGCUUAUUCUUUGUUCACCAUCUAAUCCAACAGGAUCCGUCUACCCUAAGAAAUUACUUGAAGAAAUAGCCCAGAUUGUAGCAAAGUACCCGAGGCUUCUGGUUAUCUCUGAUGAAAUUUAUGAACACAUAAUUUAUGCACCAGCAACUCAUACAAGCUUUGCGUCUUUACCAGGAAUGUGGGACAGAACUCUAACUGUAAAUGGAUUUUCCAAGGCCUUUGCAAUGACUGGUUGGCGGCUUGGAUAUCUUGCUGGUCCAAAACAUUUUGCUGCAGCAUGUGGAAAGAUUCAAAGUCAGUUCACCUCAGGGGCCAGUAGUAUAUCUCAGAAAGCUGCAGUUGCUGCAUUAGGCAUGGGCUAUGCUGGUGGGGAGGCUGUUUCUACCAUGGUAAAAGCAUUUAGGGAGCGAAGGGAUUUCUUGAUUAAAAGUUUUAGCGAAAUGGGUGGUAUUAAAAUAUCGGAACCCCAGGGAGCAUUUUAUCUAUUCCUUGAUUUCAGCUCCUAUUAUGGAAGAGAAGCUGAAGGAUUUGGUAAAAUUGAGGAUUCUGAGUCUCUGUGUCGAUAUCUGCUGGAUAAGGGCCAGGUAGCCAUGGUGCCAGGGAGUGCAUUUGGAGAUGAUUCUUGCAUCCGCAUUUCUUAUGCAGCAUCCCUUACUACCCUACAGGCAGCUGUUGAGAGAAUUAAGAAAGCACUUACCCCUCUAAGCUCUGCUGCACUUGUUUGAUCUCCAUGCUUUGUUGUAAUGGGUGUAUUUUAUUCUAGAGUUGGCAACAAUGUGUAGUCUGUUUAUUCUGAAAAUAAAGUGAUACAACUGUAAUAUCAAUGAUUAACAAAAUUGGCCCAAAUUAUUUUAGA